CAAAGUCACUCUUUUUUUUUUUUUCUUUUUCAUUAAGGGAUCGGAAUGACCAGUCAAGCAUUAAGAGAACCAUUAGCUUAUCUGUCUCAAUUGUUUGAACAACAUUUGAAAAAUGACUCGGACGCAACUACAUUUGAUCCUUCAGCUUCAUUUCUUGACAUGUUGAAUGAACAUAAAGAUCAAAUCAUUUCUAUAAAUGAUGUACCUGUGCAACAAGUACCUAAAAAUACUUUGGUCCGCUUUCGUUGCAUGAUUCAAGAUACGGGCCUAGGACAAGAGAUGUUUCUUUCUGCGUACGAAGUAAGAAAUCAAGAUGGAUCAACACGACUGGAAUCUUCAAAGUAUAAUGAUGAACCCAUCUCUGUUGAUAUGAGUGAAGACCUUCUUUAUAGUCAACAUCUAUCUGAGCGUACACUUGUCUAUUGUGUCUCUCCCCCUGGUGAGACAGAGUGGUCAAGAGAAGCGCACGAUAUCUAUAAAGGUUCUCUGGAAGAUCAAUUGAGCCGACUAGGUAUCCAUGAGAAUAAGAGUAGCAUAAAAGAUAAAUAUCCUUUACCCGGAAAACAACAUACAUCAGCCAUAGUCAAAUUCUACAACGACAUGAGCGAAACGUUACGCAUCGGGCAGUUGGUCGAAGUCAUUGGUAUUCGAGGACAAAAUAUUCCAGAAAUAGAGACAGACGAAAGUAGCUUUGGUCUUGCCUCUGUCCUGUCUGGAUUUCCCAAUACAGCUGUAAUCCAUGCCAUUGCUUAUAACAGCCUGGAUCAAGCUACUCCUUUACAUGAGGAUCUGCCUGAUGGAUCAAUUGAAACAAUUCGUGCCGAACUGAUAGACUAUAUCGCAUCUGUCUUGGGUGGAGAUAAACUAGCAGCUGAAUUUGUCUUGCUUCAAUUAUUGUCUAGAGUAACAAUGAAGAACAGAGGAUUAAAAAUCGGCCAUAUCACGAUCAACAUCAAUGGUCUACCAUCUUAUAGAACAAUUCAUGAGAAUGAGUCACCUCUAUUUGGUGUAAGCAAUCCUGUGACUAAACCACUGUCAGAUCUAUUGAACAGCCUCAACAUGCAUUCAGUCACUUUACCCUUAACCAUCGACGGACUCAAUCAAUCUAGAUUCUCACCCAAGAGUAUCAAUGAAAACUUACAGUCUGGUGUACUCCAAUUGGUUGAUGGUACUGUGCUUUUGGUAGAUGAAACCGUCUUGGACGAAGGUCAACUGAAGGAUACAGGUGUUCGUAACUUCCAAGCCCUUCAGAAUGUCAUUCAAAAUCAAUUGUUGAGCUACGAGUUCCCUUACAGCCAAUAUAACUUUGAUACAGAUAUUAGUCUGUUAUCCAUCUCUACAAACAAUUCAAUCUUAUCUAACCAUUGCUCUGUGCGAAUCCAACCUCUUUAUCCUCUAGAAGAUUCUGAACAGAGUAUGUUAAAGUUACCAAAGGACAAGCUGAACCAAUUUAGGAAAUUCAUUCAUUCUGCCAAAUAUGGUGACUAUGAUAUUCCUGCUUCUGUAUCUGAGUAUAUUCAAAAUGCAUUUGUGGAAGAAAGAAAGAAGGCAUCAGAAACAGGCGAUGAUAUGCCCAUGCAAGAAGAUUUGAUGCUACACAUGAACUUGGCUAGACUUGUGACAGCCUCGUUUGGAGAGAAUGAGCUUUCUAAGGAAAGAUUUGAAUAUACUGUACAGUUGGAUAAACAGCGUAAAUCAAGAAUGAAAAAGCAAGUCAAUAAGGACACUAUGUACAUGAACAAGUAGAUUAUACAUAUCAUUUUUAUGUAUUGCAAUAAAUAUUAGAAAUAAAAUAAUUACAAAAGAAUCAUUUUUAAAAAAGAGGAGGUUGAUAAAGAAGAAGCGUAGUUAUCCUUUAAAUGAAAAAACCCAAGUUUUUGGGUUGUUGUUGUUGUUGUUGUU